AACAAUUAUGAAAAGGAGCUUGCCUGUUUAAGGGACCAAGAGGAUCUAUAUUGGCGACAAAGGGCGAAGCAACACUGGCUUAAUUCUGGUGAUGCUAAUACCCGGUUUUUUCACCAAUAUGCGUCUCACCGAAAGCGAAAGAACUUUAUUCAUGGGCUUAAGGGUUCGGAUGUAGUCUGGCAUGCUGGGAAUUCCUUAAAAGCUUUGAUUACAAAGUAUUUUAAGGACAUCUUUUCGUCUAAGGGGGUUGCUGACUCCUCGUUUUUUGACUCCAUUGUCCCGCGGGUUUCGAGAGAACAAAAUGAAGGGUUGCUGGCUCAGUUUGGCAACACUAGAGGAGGCUGUGGUGGUCAAGAGAUGCUUAUCGGAGUAUGAGAGGUUGUCCGGGCAGGUUGUUAACUAUAGAAAAUCCAGCAUUUGUUUCAGUUGCAACACCCCCAGUCCGACAAGAGACUUUUUAUCUCAAUUUUUUGAUGUAGAGCAAGCUUCCGAUUUUGGUAAAUAUCUUGGUCUCCCCCCUUUCCUGGGAAGAAAUAAAGCUAAUGUGUUCUCAUAUAUCCAUGAUAAGAUUCAUGUGCGGAUGAGUGGGUGGUCAAAGAAACUUCUCUCGAAGGCCGGAGAGGAAAUUCUGCUGAAGACAGUUGCGCAAGCUAUGCCUCAGUUUGCUAUGAGUGUUUUUUUGUUACCAUCUCAACUUUGUCAAAGUAUUGAAAAGCUUAUGAACUCCUUUUGGUGGGGUGGGAAAGGGCAGAAUUCUAAAGGGAUCCAUUGGAUGUCUUGGACAAGGAUGGCAGUGCCAAAGAAUUUUGGUGGUUUGGGCUUUAAACAGGUGAGAGCUUUUAAUGUAGCGAUGCUGGGAAAACAGGGGUGGAGGUUUCUCACCCGACCUGAGGCACUUGUCUCUCGGGUUUUUAAAGCAAGGUACUUUCCUACGUCUUCAUUUUUGGAGGCUCAUUUGGGGGCUAAUCCUAGUUCUUGUUGGCGAAGUAUUUUGGAGUCACAAUCACUGCUUUUGGAGGGUAUCCGUCGUAGGGUGGGUAAUGGUCGGGACACUCUGAUAUGGGGUAGUCCUUGGCUUAAUGAUUCUCAACAACCUUGUAUCCUUACGGAGAGACCACCGUUUAUGCCCAAUCUCCCAGUAGAAUUUUUGAUUGAGUCUGGUUCGGGUCAUUGGAAGGAGGAAGUGGUGCGGGAAUGGUUCUUGCCUGUUGAUGUGCAACGCAUUCUUGCACUACCUUUGGGCACCAUCAGUGAUGAUAACUGGUACUGGGAAGGGCCGUCCUGGGGAGCUUAUUCGGUGAAAGAAGGUUAUCGGCGUUCGGUCGGGGAGUUAACAGUCUGUCCGGGUUUUUCAAAGUGGCGUCAACUUUGGCGGGUUUCAGUGGCUCCGAAGCUCAAGGUCUGUGUGUGGCGAGCUCUUCGGGACAUUCUUCCGACCAUCUCUUCUCUUAAUUCUAAAGUCAUCAUGGGGGUUUGGGCGAUCUGGAAAGCACGCAAUAAGGCGGUUUGGGAGAGGUAGGUGCCUACGCCUCAGUCCACGGUGUGUUUGAUCCGGAAGCUGUGCAAGGAGUGGCAUGAGCGGGCAGUUUCGGGGG